AUGGCUGCUCGCAGCAUAGCCGCUUCCCGCCGCCUCUUGCUGAUCCUGACGACGACGACGGUGAUGAUGGCCCUGCUGGCCGGCACCACGUCGGCGCAGCUGUCGACGGGCUUCUACUCCACCUCCUGCCCGGGCCUGGACAGCGCCGUGAAGCAGGCGGUGCAGUCCGCCAUCGACGGCGAGAAGCGCAUGUCGGUUACUAACAUAACCCGUAGCACGAGAGUUGGUACAGACAGAUAUGGAUGGCAUGAAAAUGACCUAAUAAAGUUAAUUUGCAAAGGUGACAACGAGAUGCCACAAAUGUACAUGCAUGUUUUUCUCGGUGCUCACACCAUAGGCCAAGCACGCUGCACCAACUUCAGAGACCAUAUAUACAACGAAACCAAAGACAUCGACGAUGCCUUUGCAAGCACAAGGAAAUCGGACUGUCCUAGCACCUCAGGUACAGGUGACAACAACUUGGCGCCUUUGGACCUUCAGACCCCUACCGUCUUUGAGAACGACUACUACAAGAACCUUGUUAGCAAGAAGGGGCUCCUACACUCUGACCAAGAGCUCUUCAACGGUGGAGCCACCGACGCGCUAGUGCAAUCGUAUGUUAGUAGCCAGAGCGCGUUCUUCGCGGAUUUUGUGACCGGCAUGAUCAAGAUGGGUGACAUUACGCCGUUGACAGGCUCUGCUGGGGAGAUCAGGAAGAACUGCAGAAGGAUUAACUAA